AUGCCUUCCCACCCUUCACGUGCAUCAACUUACAAUACUGGGAACAAGGCAAAGAAGUUCGACAUGAACCAGAUUGCUGCAAAGUUCGUAUUUGAGCUUCACCAGCUGUUGAAUUCGGGGAUGUUUGCUGUUAUUCUGUGGAUGCGAAAGCCCGAAUUUCGAAGUCAACGAAACAAUCCGGAAGAUAUCGGAGACUGA